GUGACGGCAGCAUCCAUCCGCAUUGUGGAGCAGCCAUGGCAGCGAGUGGCGGUGGCGGGACGGCCGCAUGACCAUGGGUUCUCCCUGGGCAGGGAGAGGCGCGUGGCGGACGUGCGGGUGGAUGCCGCGGGGCAGCACACUGUGCGGGCGGGCGUUGAGGACUACUCCGUGCUCAAGACCACGCAGUCUGGCUUUGAGGGCUUCAUCCGCGAUGAGAACACACUGCUGCCCGACACCAGAGAGCGCAUCCUCGCCACCACGGUGCAGGCCACGUGGAGCUACACUCGCGACCCCCCAUGCUUCAACACUGCCUUCUCAGCGGCCAAGGCAGCCCUCUCAGACACGUUCUUCGGGCCGCCUCAAGGAGGAGUGUACAGCCCCUCAGUGCAGCGCACGCUCUUCCUCAUGGCCAACCAGGUGCUCGCCAGAGUGCCCGAGGCGGACGACGUGCAUCUGAAGCUGCCCAAUCUGCACUUCAUCCCGGUCAACCUGCCAGGCAUUGUCAAGUGUGAGGACGACGUCUAUCUGCCAACCAGCGAGCCCCAUGGCAGCAUCGAGGCAUGUGUCUCCCGCAGCAUAUCAUCGCCUGCAGCAAGGCUCUGAGUCAGCAGCGCUUGCUGCCAGGCUGUGAGGCUAAGCUGAGCCGAGCCGCAGUAGAGGCCACAGCUCGUUUCUCCUUGCGCACCGGUUCCUAAUCUGGCUUUCCGCAACACUGACUCACCUGUGUGUCGCCAUUGGCCACAGCCCGUGGACUCCACCCUGUGCACGAUGUGGGUGUAGGUUGCACGUGCUGCUGGGGACUGGCAUCUGCUGUUGUGCAGUAGCCUUGUACAGUUCUUGGUUGCCGUAUUUGACAGUAAAAAGUGCAGAAUGGGCUACAUAGAUCAGGACCUUUUGCAGUUUAUCAAUAUAGCGAUGAUCGAUCUGUACAAAGAUCCAACCAGCAGCACUCCCUGCCUGUACGCCUGGGACUCCAGAGAUAUUGAUGGCUGCU